GAGAUAUUCUGGUCAGCAGAUAUAGCCCUUAUCUCUGCUCCCAUCAAGUCAGGAUUCUCUUUCCAGGGGCUAUGAUACUCAGAUCCUAAAAGCCUCGUGCUGGUUCUAGGCUUCUUUCCUCUGUCUUCUAGACUGUUGUCUGGGGGCUACAUUGGUACCUGACGGUCCCAGCCUCCUCAUCACCCGUCGGCACCCCCAGGCACUGCUACUUCCUCUCUCUAGCCCCGGAAACUGCAGAAUCACCUGAUCCCGAUGGUUUCCCAGCUUAAUCACCAUGACUAAACAAACAAGCUGCCUCUUGGCAACUUAUUUUGAUCCUUAUCUUUUCACACCGCAAGCUUUUUUAUUACUUCUAGCUAUCUUAUCUCCGCCCCUCUCGCCUACCCCUCUCAUUUUAUUUACCAGGACUUAUAUAUGAAGACCUCUGACACACCACAAUCCCCAGACCAUUCUUUCUUUGGAGAGACAAGUCAUUCUGGCUUCAACUAGUAUUUCUGAGGCAGCAGAGUAUAAUUCACAGACCAGCUGGAAAUCCUUGGGAACACAGGAGUUGGUUCCUCCCCUCCAGUUGGCGUGGCCAGUGGGAUCAACUUCCGCUGGAUAUUUGCUCUGAAGUUUCCAUAGUUUCAAGAUCUUGGGAGAACUGACAUACGGCCGGCAGAAGGACUUGGCUCUGCUCAUCAGUGGUCAUCAGACUUCAGCAUGAUCACCUCUAAGUUGCUGGCUUAUGUGGCAGUUUCAGUUCUCUGUGUCUUCAGAGUCAGCUCCCGGGAUACAUUUAUUGCAGCUGUUUAUGAACAUGCAGUGAUAUUACCUAAUGCCACCCUGAUACCAGUGUCCCAUGAAGUGGCAUUAACAUUAAUGAACCAAAAUCUGGAUCUUUUGGAGGCAGCGGUCACUUCAGCAGCAAAUCAGGGUGCAGAUAUUAUUGUGACUCCAGAAGAUGGUGUAUAUGGCUGGAACUUUAACAGGGAAACUAUCUACCCAUACCUGGAGGAUAUCCCAGACCCUGAAGUCAACUGGAUCCCUUGUAUUAAUCCCAGAAGGUUUGGCUACACCCCAGUGCAAGAAAGACUCAGCUGUCUGGCCAAGGACAACUCUAUCUACCUUGUGGCAAAUAUUGGAGACAAGAAGUCAUGCAAUGCCAGUGACUCUCAGUGUCCCCCUGAUGGUCAUUACCAAUACAAUACUGAUGUGGUCUUUGAUUCCCAAGGAAAACUGGUGGCACGCUACCAUAAGCACAACCUUUUCAUGAAUGAAAAUCAAUUCAAUGUACCCAAGAAGCCUGAGGUUGUGACUUUUGACACUGUCUUUGGAAGAUUUGGCAUUUUCACGUGCUUUGAUAUACUCUUCUAUGAUCCUGCUGUUACUCUGGUGAAAGAUUUCCAUGUGGAUUCCAUAGUCUUCCCAACAGCAUGGAUGAAUGUUUUGCCACAUUUGUCAGCUAUUCAGUUUCACUCAGCUUGGGCAAUGGGCAUGGGGGUCAACUUCCUUGCAUCCAAUAUACAUCACCCCUCAAACAGAAUGACAGGAAGUGGCAUCUACGCACCUGAUUCUCCACGAGUAUUUCAUUAUGAUAUGAAGACAAAGAAGGGAAAACUCCUACUCUCAAAACUGGAUUCUUACCCACACCGCCCUGUAGUGAAUUGGACUUCUUAUGCCAGUAGUAUAAAAGGGUUUUCAACAGGAAAUCAGGAAUUUAAAGGUACUGCCUUUUUUGAUGAAUUCACGUUCUUGGAGCUCACAGGAGUCACGGGAAAUUACACAGUUUGUCAGAAAAAACUCUGCUGUCAUCUAAGCUACAGGAUGUCUGAGAAGAGAACAGAUGAAGUUUAUGCCCUAGGGGUGUUUGAUGGACUACAUAUUGUUGAAGGGACAUAUUAUUUGCAGAUUUGUACUCUGCUGAAGUGUAAAACAGCAGACUUAAACAGUUGUGGUGGUGCAGUUGAAACUGCCUCUACCUGGUUUGAAAUGUUUUCCCUCAGUGGCACUUUUGGAACCCAGUAUGUCUUCCCUGAGGUGUUGCUAAGUGAAAAUCAGCUUGCCCCUGGAGAAUUUCAGGUGUCAAGUGAUGGACGCUUGUUCAGUGUGAAGCCGCCAUCUGGACCUCUCUUGACCGUGACUCUGUUUGGGAGAGUGUACGAGAAGGACCAGACAUUAAAUGCUUCAUCAGACCUCCGGGCACAAACACUAGAAAUAAUGCUCUUAGUCAUAAUACCAAUUGUGUGCUCAUUAAGUUGGUAGAAUAUUUCCAUUUGCUCUCUUUUAUUUUGUGUAAUUAAAAAAAUGAUGGCUGAGAAAAGAAGGAUGAAGAUCAUAACAAUGGUCAUGGUCUCUUGUACAAGUAAUUACAAAUACAUACACAUAUAUAGUUCACGGAUUUUGUACACACACACACACACACACAGACACACACACAUAUACCACCCCCAGGUAAUAGAAGCCAGAUAAACAGUGACAUCAUUUUGAAAGGUUAAAAUCUAUAAAAUGAGGGUAACAGUUUUACUCACAAUUUUAGGUUUUUUUU